CAAGGCAAUAUUUGAUGAUAGACCUGCAAGCAAACUAAAAAAAGUUUAACAUGGAAAUUAUUCAAACAAUAUGUAUAUAUAGUCGUCAAUCAGUUGGAAUAUUACCAUUCCAUAUGUAUAUAUGGCCUUAACCAUUUUACACUUCUAAUGUUUCAUCUUCAAUCUAUAUAAGAGAGAGAGAGAGAGAGAGAGAGAGAUGGGAACUGAGCUUCCAAUCUCCAUGAAAGAAUCCACAGACACAGGUGGCAACGAAAAUGGCGUCGUCAAUGCUCCAGUUGAGCUUGACGCUGGUGCAUUAUUUGUCCUGAAAUCUGGAGGGUCAUGGUUGCAUUCCGGCUACCAUUUGACGACUUCCAUGGUGUCUCCGGCGCUUCUAAGUCUGCCGUUUGCGCUAGCUUUGCUAGGCUGGGCUGGGGGGCUUAUAGGCCUCAUCGUGGCGGGUCUGGUCACUUUCUAUUCUUAUAAUCUCUUAUCUAUGGUUUUGGAGCACCAUGCUCGGCUUGGGCACCGCCAGCUCCGGUACCGGGAUAUGGCUACAGAUAUUUUAGGAAACAGAUGGGGCAAAUAUCUUGUUGGCCCCCUUCAACUUGGUUUAUGCUAUGGUGGAGUAGUUGCAGAAAUUCUUCUUGGAGGGCAAAGCCUUAAUUUCGUCUACUUGCUCUCCAGCCCAAAUGGGUCGACGAUGAAGCUUGGGCAUUUUAUUUUUCUCUUUGGAACCUUGGUGCUGGUUUUGGCUCAAAUUUCGUCAUUUCACUCCCUAAGGCACAUUAACCUUGUUUCUUUAAUCCUUUGUCUUGCUUACAGCGCUUGUGCCACUGCUGGUUCCAUCUACAUUGGGAAUUCCCAGAAUGCACCUAUUAGGGACUAUUCAAUCAACAGAGCUGAAGAACAUCGCAUUUCCAGUGCCUUCAAUGCUAUUUCAAUCAUUAUUACCACUUAUACGUGCGCAGUAUUGCCUGAGAUACAGGCAACUAUAGCACCUCCAGUGAAGGGAAAGAUGUUUAAAGGCCUAUGCCUUUGUUAUGGCGUUGCAGUGACAACAUUUUUCAGUGUAGCAAUCUCGGGGUAUUGGGCAUUUGGGAAUCAGGCUAUGGCAAAAACAGUUCUUGCCAAUUUUAUGGGUGAUGACAAGUAUUUGUUGCCCACUUGGUUUCUUUUGAUGACGAAUGUCUUCACUCUUUUGCAAGUAUCGGCUGUCUCUGUGGUUUACUUACAACCGAUAAAUGAAAUCAUAGAGAAGAAGUUUGCAGACCCAAAUGCAGACCAAUUCUCAAUCCGGAAUGUGGUGCCAAGGGUGAUAUUCAGGUCAACAGCAGUGAUCAUAGCUACAAUAUUUGCUGCAGUUUUACCUUUCUUUGGAGAUAUCAUGGCAUUGUUGGGGGCCUUUGGAUGCAUCCCCCUAGGUUUGAUUCUGCCAAUGCUUUUCUACAAUUCGACUUUCAAGCCAUCAAAGCUUAGCCUAAUUUUUCUGGCAAACACAUCCAUAGUAGUCGUAUCCUCAGUAUUGAUUGUUGGGGGGGCUCUAUCAUCCGUUAGACAAAUACUUCUUGAUUUGAAAAUGUAUGAUUCUUAACAUUAUGUAUCCACACUUCAAAUGCAUGCCUAUGCCCUUCGAUCCAAAAGAAAUUAAUUAGUCCUCAAUUUUAAUGAUGAUAAGAAUGACAACUAUAAGAACUGCAAUCUUAUAAAGAAUGGUAGAAUAUAUUUAACUA